AUGGCGGAGGGAAUAGUGAAGCUUUUAGGGUUUUGGGGAAGCCCUUUCAGUCGUCGUGUCGAGAUGGCUCUCAAACUCAAAGGCGUGCCUUACGAGUACUUGGAGGAAGAUUUGCCAAACAAGACUCCUUUGCUUCUUGAGCUAAACCCGAUUCACAAGAAGGUUCCGGUUCUUGUCCACAAUGGUAACAUACUACCCGAAUCACAUCUGAUCCUCGAAUACAUCGAUCAAACGUGGAGUAACAAUCCAAUUCUUCCUCAAGAUCCCUAUGAGAAAGCCAUGGCUCGAUUCUGGGCCAAGUUCGUCGAUGAUCAGAUCCUAACACUAGGAUUUAGGUCUCUGGUAAAAGCAGAGAAGGGAAGAGAGGUUGCUAUCGAAGAGACUCGAGAACAGAUUAUGUUUCUUGAGAAGGAAGUCACCGGGAAAGAUUUCUUCGGCGGCAAGACGAUCGGAUUCUUGGACAUGGUCGUAGCAAGUAUGAUCCCGUUUUGUCUGGCUCGGCUUUGGGAAGGUAUGGGAAUUGAUAUGAUUCCAAGAGAGAAAUUUCCAGAGCUAAACAGAUGGAUCAAGAAUUUGAAGGAAGUUGAGGCCGUGAGGGAAUGUAUUCCUCCAAGAGAUAAACAAAUCGAGCGCAUGACCAAUAUUGCAGAGAAAAUCAAGUCCGCCUAA